AUGACCCACUCCGAGAUCAUAGCGACAGCUGAUAAGACAGAGGAUAGGGUUUUAGAGCAUCUUGGGUACCAGCCCGAGCUCAAGCGAUCGUUUGGGCCUUGGGGCAUCGUCGGGUUCUCUUUUAGCAUUGUGACGUGUUGGUCUGCGCUUGGUGGGGUCCUGGUGACGGGUGUAAAUGCUGGAGGUCCACCGGUUAUGAUAUGGGGAUGGCUGGGAGUUAGUCUUGCGUCGCUGUGUGUAGCAUACUCCAUGGCAGAAAUGUGCUCUGAAUAUCCUGUAGCAGGCGGCCAAUACUCUUGGGUUUAUCUGCUGGCCCCUAAAAGUGUUCGACGGCAGCUCUCCUACUUGACGGGCUGGUUCAUGGUCAUUGGUAUCCUCGCUAUGGGCGCAACCAAUUCAUUCAUCGGAGCGAAUUUUAUCCUCGGCCAGGCCAAUUUACUGAACCCAAAUUAUACAAUCCAACGAUGGCACACGGUACUCUUAGCCUAUCUCCUCACCAUAAGUGCAACAUUUACCAAUCUCUGGGGUGCAGCCAUACUUGAUCGAGCAUCAAAAGGUCUCCUGGUUUUCAAUAUGGUGGCGUUUGUCGCUACAAUCGUUACCAUUUUGGCUUGGAACACAGACAAGCAGCCGGCAUCCUUCGUAUUUCAAGACUUUCAGAAUUCCACCGGCUUCGGCACGGCUAUGGCAGGAAUUAUCGGGAUACUACAGCCGGCCUUCGGUAUGUGCUGCUAUGAUGCGCCGGCCCAUAUGUGUGAAGAGUUGAAGGAUUCCAGCAUACAGGCGCCCCGCGCCAUGGUGCUUUCUGUCUACGUGGGAGCCGUAACGGGUUUUAUAUUCUUGAUUUCCGUCUGCUUCUGCAUUGGAGACAUCAAUGCCAUUGCUCAAACUUCUACUUUGGUUCCACUCAUUCAAAUUUACUUUGAUUCUACAAAAAGUACCGUUGCAGCAUGCACACUCGCCUCCAUGAUCUCCAUUAUCAAUCUUGGAGCCGCCAAUGCUUUGCUAGCCGAAGGGGCUCGAUGUCUCUACGCGCUCGCCCGAGACGCUGGCUUACCCUUUUCCUCACAAAUCAGCAUAAUUGAGCAGAAACAUCAAACCCCUAUCGUUGCCAUUCUUCUGGGAACGAUUGUCCAAAUGCUCUUCAACAGCAUCUACUUUGGUACUGUGACCGGAUUUAACACUGUCAUUGCCAUAGCUACCCAGGGAUUCUACCUAUCGUAUGCGAUGCCCCUACUUGUGCGCAUAUUGGCUUUCUUCCAGGGUACUCAUCGAAAGUUUACAGGGCCCUGGGCUAUGAAACCAUCUGUGUCACUAGCCGUAAAUAUCGUUGGCUUGACUUACCUACUUUUUGCAUGCAUUUCAUUCAAUUUUCCAUCAAGGUAUCCCGUAUCGGUUUCCAACAUGAAUUAUGUUCCAGCUGCAAUUGGAGUCAUUUUAUUCAUAGCUCUCAUGAACUGGCAAAUCACGGGAAAAAAGCAAUUCACAGGCCCGAGAUUAAAAGGAAUCGAUGAAGGUCUUUUGAUUUUAGGCGGUGAAUCGGGUAGUUGCAAUCAAGAAAAAACCAACCAAUCUAUCGGCACUCAGGCGUGA